AUGGGGGGAUCACUGCAGAGUCAGUUUUGCAUUCGUUUGAGAUUGACUUCAAUUCGAGUCAAUAGCUCCGCACAAGAGUAUAGGAAAGAUUACACUACAUUGGCAGUUGACGGCGUAGCGGUGAUCGAAAUUGAAAUUGAUGCCCAGUUGAGGGCCCCCAUAUAUAUGUAUUAUGAGUUGUCUAAUUUCUACCAGAACCAUCGCCUGUUUAUCGACUCGAGGUCCGAUGAGCAGCUGGCAGAUAGCUUUAGAUCCGUCCAGAGUGAUAGCGGCGGCGGACCCACCGGCAGAUUGCGAACCAGCAGUGAGGAAUGGAGUGAGUGGGAAGAUGCUGCGGAAGUUACUGCAUGGCAACCUGACCUGAAGUAUAAAUUCAAGAAUUUGAUUCCGGAUGAGCCUGCUGUAGCUGUCGAAGGUGAUGUUACGAGGGAUGCUAAUCGGAACGAUGAAGUCUUUGAUAUGUGGUUAACCUACAUCUUCCCACCACAAAUCUGCGUGCCUUCCAUGGUCGUGCGAACUGGUCGGUAUGAGCCGAUAUUCGUGAUGAGUCGGUUGGAUGGGCGGGGUAAUCCGAUAGCGGCCUGUGACCAUUAUAAUGGGGGAGGAGGAGGGAGCCGAUGUCGAUUCACUAAAGUCCCGUUUGGAGUGUACGGUUCGGAUGCCGAGUUCCCUUGUACUGCUGCUCAAGGGUAUACUCGCCUGCCCAAUCCUGCUGGAUGGGGUGUUGAAAACGGUCAUUUUGUGGCGUGGAUGAGGCCAGCCGGCACGCCUACGUUUAGGAAAGUGUAUGGACGUAUAGAUGAGGAAUUGCAAGAAGGUGAUGUCAUUCGAGUCACGGUGUUUGAUUACUAUCCAGUCAAGUCCUUCGGUGGUAGAAAAUCGAUCGUCGUGGCGAGCGCUUCUUGGUCUGGUGGUUUGAAUGGACAUAUUUCUCCGGCAUAUCUUGGAGCCGGUGGGAUAUUAUUGGCUUUCGUGAUCGUUUUUGGGAUGGCGCACUUGCUGUUGCCGAGGAAAUUUUUUGAUACUGAUUACAGGGAUUGGGAGGAUUGA